AUGAACAACACCAACACUGACCCCCUGUUCAUCGCCCAAGAAGCAGUGUGCUACUACCCUAUUAGCACAAUCUACAACUCCUGUCCAAGAUAUCUUUUCUACGCGCUCCUUCUGGCAAGUUGUGUGACACGCUGGACAGGAUGGCUUGCCAACGUGUUCCUGGGCGCAGCAGCAACAUAUGCAGGAACCGCUGCGUUCCAAGCAUUCAUCCUGGUCGCUAGUCCGGCAAAAAUGGAAGCUCCGGGACCAGUCACUAUCCCAUACUUGUCCAGUAAUACAAGUUUAUGGCACAAUUUCCCUGAACUCAUUACCGAGACAACCAGACUGAUGGUUCAGCCUGGAGCCCUAGAGCUAGAUUCCGAUGCCGUCCUUGCCAUUGUGGUCACAGGCUACCUGGUUUUCCUGCCUUUACAGUGCUGGUCUCGCAUCUUAACGCAUGACCGGGCCAGGAAUAUCUUGAGGAAUAUCUUGUUUUCUCUCUGGAAUAUCUUGAUGCUAGCGGGGUCGAUAUGCGCACUGGUAUAUGGCUCCUACAACACUAAAGUCCCAACCCAGUACAUGUUCUGCUAUCCCGACCUUCCGCCCCUGGACGAAAUAUCGAGCGAUGGUUGGCAAGCUUCGUGGAGGAUUUCCACAUGGAAUGAUAGUGUUUGGCAGACCUUCUCCAAUAUCACACUGUGGGGCCAGAUCGGCGAUAUCUGCUACAGUCCUUGCUUCAACUCGAGCCAGAUCCUGCGACAGCCAACCUCGUUGCAUAUGCGGGUUGCGACACGAGGCUCGGAAAUCGCCCAUUCCCACAAGUUUUGGGACAGGGUGCUUUACUCGAAGCGGUACAUCUACAGCCUCAUCAUUCUCUGUGUCAUAUUGAAUUGCCUGCUUUUGACCUUCCGGUUCCUGCCUUACCGGUCACGCAUCCCAUCCGCUCAGAUUAUGGUCAUUUGGAAAGAAAGAAAGAAGAUAUGGAGGAGCUUCAAAGAGGAGAUUCACAGCGCUCUGGUGGAUUCUCAAAGAUCUCAAUCGAGAAAAAGUGAGGGGGAUUGCUCGAGCAGCAAGCAUGCUGCUUGGCGGAAGAUACGGCAAAUCCUCAGCCUUCGAUUCCUCAAGGCAUCCUUACAUGUGCUUGGAGAUGUGGCAAUUCUCUUUGGAUUGCUGUUUAGCAUGAUCAUCAGCCCAUUCACCAUCAUUGCCUUUGUGGCCUGGGUUGAGUGGUGCAUUUACAAUGAUGGCCCGUCCCAGGAACACCCACAACAAGUUGGUCAGUGGUCAUACUUGGUUUCUAUCGGAUUACUUCUUACUUCAGCGGCAAUAUUGACGCUGAGGUAUCGUCUCGCCUCGUCGGCCGAGCUCGAUCAGAACAUAUUGCAGCUCAGCCAGCAAUUGGCAGACUUGGAAAGGAGGAGGGAUGUGCAGGCUGGAACCGAGACUAUUACAAUAAUAGAAUCGAGGGACGAUGCUGCCGAAACCUAG